AUGCUAGUGGUUUGGUUUCUUCUAGCUGGCUUACGCCAGGUAGUAAAUAGUCGAUUUGGUCUACUUGGUGCUUCAUUAUAUAUGGAAUGUACACAUCAUUUACGAUGUUCAGAAGCAGAUCGAAUUCGUUGGUUUGAGUUACGUGAGCAUGUCCAUAAUUUGAUUGAAUUAGGUAAUAUUGCACGAGAAGAUGGUUACAUUAUUGAAAAAACCAAACUUCGUCAUUCAUUACGAUAUCGUGAUUAUUUAUGUGCUGAAUAUCGAACAAGUGGCUAUUUACUUUAUAAUGAUAGCAGUUAUCAUUUGCAAGUUGCAUGCAUGUGGGUAGGCGGUGAAAUGAAUGCAACUUGUGGACUGAUACCAUCAACUGAUAAGCCAUUCGGAUAUCAUGAACCACAGGAAUGGCGUCGAAUGCUUUUUUUGCUGCGUCGAAGUAUCGGAUGUUCAGAUGAAGAAAUACGUGAAAUCAGAAAAGUAUCAGAAUUAUUUUAUUGUACAGAGCGUUGUAUUCAAGCUGGAAUUGGUUACUUACCAAUGAUGUUAAUUAUGGCUUCUGUGAUACUAUCACUUUUAUCAUUUUGCUUUUCCUAA